AUGCCUCGAUAUUGUGCCUAUACAUUUUGUAAGAACCGUGGCGGAAUACCUGCAAAAGACAACAAAAGAAUAAGUUUUUAUCCUUUCCCAUUACGAGACGAAGUGAGACUUAAGAAGUGGAUCUCGAACAUGAGACGUGGAGAGUGGGUCCCAAGUCGGCAUCAGUAUUUGUGCAGUGAGCAUUUCACAGAGGAUUCCUUCGACCUUCGCUGGGGAAUCCGCUACCUGAGGCACACCGCCAUUCCAACCAUUUUCCCUGAACAUAAAAUCAACCGAUCUCACAGCAAGAAGAGUCCCAAAUCCAAACUUAAGUCACGUGAUGAUGACGUCCAGCUCAUCAGGACUUCUUCGCCUCCUCGGAAGAAACCGCUCAUUCUGAGGAAGGAGAGCAGACGAGACAGCGCCCUGCUGAAUGGCCUAGGUAGUGGGUCAGUGAAUGUGUCACCGGUUCCCGCAGUGGUGGUAGUCAAAGACCUCCCUUUAGACGCUGAGGAUUCGGCCACCGAGCUUUUCCGCAUAGAGAGAGUGUUCUCUGGUAUCAAAACAGAUCUGAGUGACUCUGUGGCUGAACUGGCCGGAGGAGGGGACAGGGACGUGUUGACUGAAUCAUGUGGUAGGGUACUCAGUGAGACAAGCAGCCAGAAUGUUAAAGCUGACUCCACUGUAACAGUGCUGUGCUGUGAAACAGCUUCUCCUCUUACCAGUGGAGAACAGGACUCAGACUGCUCAAAUCCUGCUCUGAUGAUCAGCGCUGUCUCUGUGGAUGCAGAGAAAGAGGGAGUGGACAGUAGUGUAGAGGGGCCUGAGGAGGGUACCAGUGAUGGGGAGCUUAUUCUCCCGUGUGAGCACUCCUACUUCAGACAGGACACUGAAAAAGAACAUCUGUGGAGACGCAUCGCCAGCCUCCACACUAAGAUCACUGAGUUGGACAAGAGAGAGGAAAGCACGGUUGCCAAGAUCAAGUCGGUGGAGAGUGAAAUAGCUUACCUGAAAAAACGUAACAGUGUAUGUGAAGAGAGACAGAAAGCCCUCGAAGAGUAUUUCACCACUGUACAUUCUUUUUUCUGCCUCACUGGACUGUCAUUAUCUAAGGAACCAGUGAUUCUAGAAUCACUCGGCCACUCAUAA